GGGUCACUUUGAGCUCAGCUUUCAUGAGCGUGACUAUAACAACUGAUGAAUAGACACAUCGCCCGGAGGUCAUCGGCGUCAAAGCAGCGGAGAACAACCCAAAGCGAUGGUGCAAGAAGACAGCACAGCUGCUCCGAGGGUGAAACGCAACAGAUGAGCAGAUCGACACAGCUGCUGCUCUACUGACUUACAAGCGCUGCCUCUGGAUAACCGACGAGAAUGAACACAAACGACGCGAAGGAUUACCUCUCCAAACGACAGAUCCCACACCUUUUUGAGAGCAUGUUAACAGGGCUGAUGUACCACAAGCCUGAGGACCCUUUGGCAUUCUUGGAAAGUUGUCUGCAGAAAACACGAGACCUUGGGGGUCCUGAAUGUGUGGCCUGGGACACUUUCAUUACACCUGAUCGAAAACCUCUACCACCGAUCACCCCAGCACAGGGAAAGAAAAACCCUGGCAAACUCGACAGUGGUCCUGGUCCAGGCCCCGGACCUUACCGUCGAUAUGAAAGGUUGCCACCAAUCCAGGCCCAGUUCUCCAUAGAAAGUGACUCAGACAUGACAGAGUCCUCAGGGCUCAUACAGGAAUAUGAUGUCUUUGACCCAUCAAAACCACGCCCACACAUCAUAUUCAUUAUUGGUGGACCGGGCAGUGGGAAGGGCACUCAGACAGCUAAACUUGCAGAUCACUAUGAUUACGAGCAUGUGUCCGUGGGGGAAAUUUUGAGGAACCAGUUGCUGCAUCAUGCCCCCAGUGACAGAAAAUGGGAGUUGAUUGCUCAGAUCAUAGCCAACGGGGAACUGGCACCUCAGGAGACGACUAUCGAAGAGCUGAAGCAUCAGUUUAUCAAAAAGCAGGAUGCUAAAGGAUUCAUUGUGGACGGAUUCCCCAGAGAGAUCUCACAGGCUUUCACCUUUGAGGAGCAGAUUGGCUCCCCAGACUUGGUGAUCUUGCUUGCCUGCUCCAAUCAGCAACUCCGGCAGCGUCUAGAGAAAAGAGCUUCCCAGCAGGGACGUCCCGACGAUAACACUCACGCUAUUGAGAAGAGACUAGAUACCUUCAAACACAAUAUCACACUGAUAGCCAAGUACUACCAGGAGAGAGGACUUAUUGUGAGGGUCGAUGCUGAUCGAGAGGAAGAUGACAUUUUCACAGACAUUUCUGCCAUUGUGAAGGAGAGAUUCUUCCCUAAUGACACAAGUGCAAGCAGUACUGAAGAUCUUUAGAGGGACGUCUAAACAUCCAAACAACUGCUGCCAUUAAUUCCAAAAUGGCAAAAACAGCCUGCCAAACAUAUUUUUCAUCAUUAGGGUCAAGGAAGUAAUAUAAUAUACUGUAGAAUUUACACUGGAUGUUGCCUCUAUUUGUACUUCACUGUGAAUCUACUCUUUUGCAGUAAUUUAAUAAGAAUGACUUUCUAGAGCAGAGCUUUUUUUUCCCCCAACAUUUUCUGUUUUUUUUUUUCUUCUUUUCUUAAUUUUAAUGUUGUUUUGACUCUAUAUUAUUAAUGCAUAUUUGGAGCUCAAGCCAGAGUUAAUGUGAGUUGUAAAAUGCACCAAAUUAUAAUGCAAUAACACAAUAACAACAUCAAAUGUUUUCAAACAAAUUGCCUAACCUAUUCCUGCAAAAUUAUUAAAGGGAUUAAUGAUUACUGUUAAGUUCUCCUACUUCACAGUAUGAGCACAUUGGAGAGAGACAAAAAAAUUACAAAUAAAAAUAAAUAAAAAAAAA